CAACGAUAGUUGCCUAUCGGAACCGUGGACUGCGAGAACAGCUGAUACACAGCUCAGGAAUAUAUACUUUACAAUUAUUCCUGGAGCGAAAAGAGAUUGACGCAAAAAUGGUAAAUAAAAGUGCGCGAAAAACUAAAAAGAGGGAUGAAAAUUUUCAUCAAGAGGAGAAGGUUGCGCUUAUUAAAGCAGUUGAAGCAAGACCGUGUCUUUGGGAAAUCACUAAAAAGCGCCAAGGCAACAUUUCGGUGAAAAGUGCUUGGGAAAGUGUUGCUGUAGAAAUAAACAAAGAUGCGAAUGAGUGUAAGAUUGCAUGGACAGCUUUGCGGGACAGUCUGCGAUAUCAUCGCAGCAAGCAGGCCAAAUGUGGUAGCGCGGCUCAAACCCGAGUCAACGAAAAUAUGGACUGGCAAUUUGCUGAGCAUAUGGCGUUUCUGCCUGUUAUGUCGUUGGAGAGACAUACCAAAUCAAGCACCAGUCUGUUUGAGGACAGCCCAGCAUGCAGCCCAGAUGCAUGCUCCAGUCCCCUCCCAUACAAAAUCGAGGAGAGUUCCAUAGCCGCUGGCUCCGAUGAGCCGAAUUGGGUCCGAACAGACGAUGACGUAGAGGCAAGCACUUCGUCGGCUUAUUCGUAUUCAAAGACUUCAAAAAAGCGUAAGGUGGAGGAACCGUCGGGAGAUGGUGGAAUCGCUGUUUUACUGUGCGACUAUCUAAAAAAUAAGCCCAAAACUAGAACGAUCUUCCCGUUUUGGGAUGAGUUGCUGAGCAAGCUACCACCAGAUGAAGUAACAGCAACUGAAGUGGAGAUCACAAAUCUACUAUUUUGGAAGGUGCAGAACCAGGGAAAGCAGUCCCAAUAAAACGCAACCCGUCAAUUCUUCGCCCUUCCAUUCCCAUGCCUUUAAUAAAAAUCAAAUAUAUAUUUAU